UGCAGAAAAUAUAAAUUUAAAUUAAACUUAAAAACAAUGUCAACACGUCAAAGACAUAGUACUGGGAAUUUAAAUACUGAAGGUUUGAAUUCUAAUAAAGAAACGCCCAAGAAAGGCAUUUUAAAAAGAAGACCACACACAUUUCAUCAAACCAAACCAACAUCCAGCGGUCUUUUACCUUUACUUUUAAAACCAAUUGAAAAAAAGAGUAAAGUGUCUAAAAAUAAAGAAGAUCAAAUAAAAGACAAGAAAAAAGAUGGAAAUAUUCCUGAAACUUGUUCGGAGGAGAAAAUGCAAGAAAAUAUUUUAGAGGCCCAAUUAAUACAAAAAAUACCUCAACGGGUUGAAUUUGCUGAAAUGAAUGCUGUUUUUGGUGGAUCAGUAGAGACUGAAGGAGGUGUAAAUAAAAGUUUUGAUAGUGUUAAUGAAGUUGAAAAAACUUAUACCUCAAAAAACCAAAAAUUAGAGGAGCCAGAAGUGAAGGAAAAAGAGGAGGAAAUUUUGCCUAAACAAAAAAGAAAAACGGAAGGGAAAAAGCCACCAGAAGCUAUUGUUUCGCCAUUAAUAAGACAAAAGCAAAUAAAAGAAACAACAUUUCCACCUCCUCCUACAACGCCUCAGGAACAGCCUUCUUCAUCUAGUAGGGGAGAGGAGGAUAAAGGCAUCGAUCCCAGUGUUGUUUCACAAAUUGUAGGGAAUUGGUGGUUUGGGGAGCGGUCUGAAUCUAAGGAACAGCAGCAAACACAGGCUGGUCAUGAAGACAGUGAUUCUCUCAAAAAGGAAUUAAGACGUGCCCAACUUGCUUGCAAAGAGAAAGAGCGCCAUUUAGGCCAGUUACGUGAAAGACUUGCUGAAAUUGAAACAAUUGUUUCGUCUGGAAGGAGUGCACAACUUGCAUAUUGUGCGCAAUUAAGCCAACGAUUGUCAGAAAGGGAACAGGAAUUUGUUACUGAAAUGGAUGGACUUAUAGCAAGUCAUGAACAUCGUGUUAGACAAUUAGUGCAAGAAAUUGUUGAUUUAAGGGCUGAAUUGGCUAGGAAAGAUAAAGCCCUAUUGGCUUAUGAACAACUUUCCCAUCAAGAACAAUCAACUCAAACAGAUAAUAUAAUUAUCACAGAAGAUUCUACAUCAAUUAAUGGGUUUGUAGGGCAACAAGAAAAUGAUGGGAAAUUAUUAGAAAAUAAAAUAGAAGUAAGUAGGUCUCCAACAACUGAUUCUAUUAGAUCAGUAACACAACCUCAAAUUAUUCAAGCACCUAAUAAAGCCUCAGUUGUUCAAAUAGGAGCUGAAGUUUUGGCAACUUUAGAAGCUUAUCGUGCAGAAACAGCUGUUUGGAGAACUCGUUGUGCCAAUUUAGAAUUAAUCAUGCAGGAUUUACUUUUGCGAGAGGGGGCGAGAAGGGUAUCUGAAAGUGGGGGAGGAACAGCUAUUGGAAGUGCUCUUUUUAUUAAUGUAGGAGAGGAUAAUGAGCAAUUUGUGGAGGCCGAAGAAAAUCCAGAAAAUAAAAAUAAACAACAAAGUAAUAGCCGUCAUCCAACAUUAGAAAGGCAGCAAACUCUAGUUUUAAGAAAACAAAGUUCUCCUGUUGAAUGUCAAAUUUCUGGGUGUGUAGAACUUCGAAAAAAAUUAAACGAACAAACAGAAGAGAUAAAUAAAAUGUUGGAAGAAAUAACAGAAAUAAAUAAAAACAAAUUGGAGGCGGAAAAUAAAUUUAAAAAUAUUGAAGUAAAUAAUGAAAAAAUGGUUAAAGAAUAUGAAGAAUUGGCUGAAUUAGCUGAAAGGAGAGGGAAUGAUGCCAAGGCUAUUAAAUUAAGUUUACAACAAGUACAGUCAGAAAGAGACCAUUUGGAACAAGCGCUUGCUUAUCUAGAAAGACGAUGUUAUGCUUUGGAACAAUUAGGAUUAGAAAAUGGAAUUGUUUUGGCAAAUGAACCGCCCCUUCCUGAAGGAAUAAAGAAAAGUUUAACUAGACAGGAACUUGAAUUUACAGUGAGAGAAUCUCAGGGAACUCAAACAGCUCUAACUGUUGAUGAUUUGGGGAUUAACGAGAAAACUAUGGAUGAAUUGCAAAUUAGAAUAAGGGUAAUGCAAAGCACAUUUGCUGAGGACCGAGCACAUAUGGGAGAACAAUUAGCGGAUAUCGAAAGAAUUCUUUUACUCAAAACAGAAUUAACAAAUACAUUAGCUAGUCAAUUAGAUGAGGCUGCAAAGAGAUCAAAAGUAGAAGAUGAUAGUCACCAGUUUGAAAGGGAUUUGUUUCGAAGGAGAAUAGAAGAGUUGGGCAGGAUUGCAGAACGAGUGCCCAUCCUUGAAUCAGAGAUUGAAAAAGCGCUAAGUGAAAAAAGCAAAUGCGAGCUUCGUUUAAGAGAUGUAGAAGAACGUUUGGAUGAUACAAUGGAAAAAUCAUUGGAAAAUGCAUUGAAGAGGGAAAAGGCUCAAGAAUGUUAUUGGACAGAAAGAAUGGAUGCUGUUGGUCGAGAAAGAAGAGAAAUAGCUGCUCAACUCGAACAUGAAAGACGUCGAGCUGCAGAUGAAAGGCUUAAAUGGGCGUUGGAAAGGGCUGAUUUAGAAAGGCGCCUUACUUCAGCUAUUGAACAUGCUGAACAGCUUUUUUCCAAAUUAAAUUGCCCUAAAAGAGAUGUCCAAAUCGAAGUUCGUCCACGAACUUCAAAUAAAUAUGUCUUCUGUAGACCUAAUCAGAGGGAUCAGCAAGUUGAUAAUGCUGAUUUGAGAGAUGAACAAUUAGAAGAACUUGUGGAUGAGAGAGUGGCUGCUUUUGCUGCUGAACUUGUUGAGAAGCAUCAACAACGCCGCAAAACAUUAACUCAACAGACCACAACACCCAGUACUGGAAUCGGCGCCCCAGACUUUUUAACAAUAGCUUUUCAACGAAAAGGAGGACUUGUCGAAUUUGGAGGUUCAAUUCCUUUAGGAAAACUACAGGGCCAACAACAACAGCCCUUUUCUUCUACAAAUUCAAUUUCUAUUGCUUCAUUACCUACAAAUUUGGGUUAUAAUUCUGAUUUAAAUAGACGGUCUUUUGGGGAUGAAAAAGGGUUUAAAUCGUGUGAAAAGUUGGAAGAGUGGGAAGAGGAGGAGACAGACGAAGAAAGUAUUCCUAGACAUCUUUCUCUUCCCUACAAUCGUCUGGGAGGGUCAACCAAAUCUAUCCUGCGCUCUCAUUCUGCCCCUAGAAGACAAGAAGUCGAGCAUAGUAGGAAACAACAUGAUAAACAACAAUUAGAAGAGGAUGAGACUCAAUUCGGGGUUGCUGACAAAUUAAAAGAACGAGUUACAUUUAUGUGUAGAAAAGCAAGUCAAAACGGAGAAAGGAUAAAUAAAGAAGAAUUAUUUGACCAAUUAAAUUCUUGGCUUGAAGCACUAGCAGAAAACGAAAAACAUUGUUAUGAACUAAAAAAUCAAAAUUUGGCACUUAAACGAACAAAUUGUGAAAUUAGAGGGAAAUUAAAGGAAGCGGAAUUGGAACUUUGGAUUUACAGAACAGAACCUAGAAGGGAGGCGAAAAUAGGGAAUGAUUAUAUAAAUAAAGGAAAAUGGAAGAGAAGUUGUAGUGCCGAACAAAUUGGGCAUAAUGGACCUCCAUUGUUACGUGCUCAACAAUUAAAGAAGUGGAAAGAGGUUGCCGGAACGUGUUUUAGAGAGGUAUUGUAUUAA